AUGCCGGCGGAUCGUCUCCUUAAUACUGUGCUCCGCGCAUACCAAGCAGCACCGAAUCCAGAGCAAACCCCCAAAAUCCUCUCGAGCACAACCUCACUGCUCACGACCCUCUCCAACCCGCUAAACGUCACCCUCCUCAGCUCACAUCUCCUUACAGCGCCUGCUAUCUGGAACCAACUUGACGGGCUUCAGACAAGUUUCCGAAUCAUCAGCGUAUUCAAUACUGCUGCCAUCACUGUUCACAAGCAUCAGCGGGAGGGCCGAAAUGUCAAACCAUACGACGCGUAUCAACCAAGACUAGGAGGAGGAAUCCCCCCCGAUGACUGGGCAGUCGCUGUGGUGAAGGGCUUGGAUGAUCGAUCACUGAGAUGGCAACAUGCGUUGGUCAUUACAGGGGUUCUACUGGGGAUGGAAGGGCAGCAAAGACAUGGGCUAUCUAGAGGACUGAGAGAAAAGCUCGAGAACGCCUUGGUGACUGCUGUGAAUCUGGUGUUGCAAGACCCGGCCAGUACUGGGAAUCUGGGGAUGACUUCCGUUGUCCUCGCACUCAAUCAUGCAUUUCCACUGUUAUCUGAUAGUGUCAGGAGGCUGUUGAACUAUGAUGGUUUAGUCAUGAAUUUGAUCACCGCGAUGACAUGUAUCGACGGAUAUGAAGAUGGAAUGUUCCUCGAGUCGAUCGACCGCGAUGUUCAGCAAGUGCCAGGCAACAAAUUUGACUGGUCCGCGAAAUCUACAUCGUUCUUACGACUGCAGAACGUUGCCUCGAAGCCUUUAAUCGCUUCAAUGGGGCCGCUGUCGAGGCUCGUCUCACAUGCAGUUGAGCAUAUGAUCAAUCCAACCCGCACUAUUGAAGUUCUUGACCACCUACUUGUCUUCACGGGCAAGAUUUUGGCAACCUGGCAAUUGAACAAAUUAUCGGAACUCGACCCUUCUGAAGAAAACACUUUCCUCACACCAGAAACUCUUCGAGUUACAUUUCCAGUUCUCUGGCAGGUCCUUAAGACUGCUAUGUUUGCAUCAGUAGUCAUUCUACAGGCAAUUAUCUCCAAAGCACUCCUCGACCCUCACCUAUCCUCAAAAGAAAUUGCACCAGCAGUUGCUUCGAAGUCUCUCCUUGCUCUCCGGAGUAUCCACUUUAUAUCCUCCCGUAUGGGAUCGAAUACCUUUUCAGCCUAUACCUUCGUUAACCUUACGUCUAUCGAUAUUCUCAGCCGCUUCCCUCUACAAUCUAGAGACCUCCUAAAGACGAUCUACCCUCCUGAAGCAGGCCAAAUCCCAAUGCAACCCUUACAACGCAACCACGACCUCUUUUACCUUAACACGGCUGAACAUUUCACCCUAAUCCUCUCCCCAUCAGACGCUGAGUCUCUCAUCGUCGUCCCCACAUCACCGUACCUCAAUCCAACCGCCAACGUCCAUCUCCUCGAGAUCUUCGAAGCUGCCCACAGCUCGAUGCUCGCCGUGCUGGCGGCACCACAAAACGGCGCUCUAGCAACCAAGAUUCUACCAUUUUACGUAGAAUCCCUCUUCAAGUCCUUUCCCACGCAUCUUUCGCCCCGCCAAUUCCGCUUUGCAUUCAAAACCCUGAUGCAAAUAACUACACCUCCAAGUCCGCUCUCAGCCACCGAGCAAAAUCUUGCAGAAACCUUACUAGAGCUCCUAUAUCACAGAGGAUUACAUGCACCAACCGCCCCUCUAUCCCCCACUGCAACAAUUAAGGGCGACGAGGAUGCACAACUCCAACCUCCCACACCACUAUCCGAACAAGCCGUAUUAUUAUUAACCCUCCAAGACGCGUUACCAAAUCUCCCGCUAGUAUUAUUGGAGGAAUGGUUACCGCAUGUUGCAGGUCUUCUAAAUGCGGUAAAUGAUGCUGGGAUGAGAGACUAUUGUAAGAGGAUGUUCUGGGAGGUGUUAGAGGGUGGCGAGAUGGAUGUUGAAAGGAGUGCUGUUUGUGUUGCUUGGUGGGGAACGAGGGGUGGAAGGGAGAGUGUGCUGUUCGGAAGUACGGCGAGUGAAAUCGAAGCAGGGCCUUUCAUGAGUGGAGCGCUGGGGCAGAGGGAGAGUAGACUAUAG